AUGCACAGCCUGGAAUCGCUGGUGGCGCACCUGGGUAUCAACAGCCUGGAGUACAAGAAAUUGGAAGACCUGGUCAAUAUGCACUCCCUGGAAGUGCUGAUGGCUAUCAACAGCCUGGAGGUCAAGGAAUCGGAAGUCCUAGCCACUAUGCACAGCCAGGAGUCGCUGGUGGCACACCUGGCUAUCAACAGCCUGGAGUACAAGAAAUCGGAAGACCUGGCCACUAUGCACAGCCAGGAGCCGCUGGUGGCACACCUGGCUAUCAACAGCCUGGAGUACAAGAAAUCGGAAGACCUGGCCACUAUGCACAGCCAGGAGCCGCUGGUGGCACACCUGGCUAUCAACAGCCUGGAGUACAAGAAAUCGAAAGACCAGGUCAAUAUGCACAGCCUGGAGUCGCUGGUGGCACACCUGGCUAUCAACAGACCGGGGGUGCCGGAGUUCCGGUACCCGGCUAUCAACAACCUGGAGGUCAAGGAAUCGGAGGCCCUUCUGCUGGAAUUCCUGGAGUCGGAACAUUACCUGGUGUUUCUGGAACUCCUGGUUAUCAACAAAUUGGAGUUCAAGGAAUCGGGGGCCCUCCUGUUGGAACUCCUGGAGGCGGAAUUAUACCUGGUGGUUCCAUUUCUGGAACUCCUGGUUACCCACAGACUGGAGCUCAACAAAUCGGAGCUCCUUCUACUGGAAUUCCCGGAUACGGAACACUUCCCCGUGGUGUGGUUCCUGGAUCUCCUGGUUAUCCACAGACCGGAGCUCAACAAAUCGGAGGUCCUUCUACUGGAAUUCCUGGGUACGGAACACUUCCCGGUGGUGUGGUUCCAGGAUCUCAAGGAAUUGGAGGCCCUUCUGCUGGAAUCCCUGGAUACGGAACACUUCCCGGUGGUGUCGUUCCUGGAUCUCCUGGUUACCAACAGACUGGAUCUCAACAAAUUGGGGGCCCUUCUGCUGGAAUUCCUGGAUACGGAACACUUCCCGGUGGUGUCGUUCCUGGAUCUCCUGGUUACCAACAGGCUGGAACUCAAGGAGGCGGAAUUAUACCUGGUGGUUCCAUUUCUGGAACUCCUGGUUACCCACAGACUGGAGCUCAAGGAAUUGGAGGCCCUUCUGCUGGUAUUUCUGGAGCUGGAACUCUGCCUGGUGGCGCCGUUAUUGGAACUCCUGGUUACCAACAGACUGGAGCUCAAGGAAUCCGAGGGCCUUCGGGUGCACUUCCUGGAGGCGGAACUGUACCUGGUGGUGCCGGGCCUGGAACUCUUGGUUAUCAACAGACUGGAGCCUGCAGGUGGAAUCGGAAGUGUUGUUGAAACACCUGGUUAUCAACAACCUGCAUCGCAAGGGACUGUUGGUCAAUAUACGCAACCCGGCCAAGGACAAUACGUACAGCCUGGAACUAGGGUUAUAAGUCCUGGUGGAGCACCAAGCUACCAACAGCCUGGAGCUUCAAGCUUCCAACAACCUGGAGUUCCAUCAAUCGGAGGUCCUGGGCAAUACACACAACCCACAGGUGUAUUAACUGGUGCUGGUGGAGCACCUAUUUAUCAGCAACCUGGAACACAAGAUGCAACUGGAGCUCUCGCUUCUCCAGGAACUGACGACGCGUUUUCUCAGGCCGAGUCUACGAUAGGAGAGGGUCAGGCAUCGGCUAGUGCUCAAGGCAAAAAGAAUGGUGGUACUGCAAAAACGCAAGUGUCGGGCAGCUAUAAUACUGGAGGCUCGUUCAGCGCAAGUGCAAUGACAUCUGAUGCAGAUCGAGCAGCAAGCGCUCAGGUCACCGGAAAUGCAGAUGGAGCCAUGAGUCAAUCACAAGGUUCCGGAGGAGCAGCACAAUCACAGGCACAAGUACAGGUUAAUUCAAAGGAUGGUGGCACUAAAGCUUCAUCCCAAAGUGGCGGCGUUAUCCACCAAAGUCAAAGCGAGGUGCAGGCGAAUGAUAAGGGUGGCUUGGCUGAUGCUCAAUCAAGCGGUCCUGGCCAAACUUCGUCGCAAGCCCAAAUUGGCUUCCGUCCUGGGCAAGAGAACACAUCGGUCUCUGCAGCUGGUGGCGGUCAAGCGUCCGCGCAGUCAGGCAGUACCUCAGGCCAAAGCCAAUCUCAAAUACAUGGAACAUCAUCAUUCGGAGUAUCAUACCAUGGUGCAGCACAAUCGGCUUCCGGUACCAAAGAACAAGUGGCCACAUAUCGUGAGCAGAAUCGGGACCUGUUUCACUCAAUCAGCCAAUUUGGAAACAAUGGCAAUGCCGUGACUGACCGGGUGGAUGCUGUCUACAGCGGUCCACCCCCACCUUCAAGUGCACAACCAGAUCUCCAGCUAAGGUCAACUAAGACCACCAAGGAAGAAACAUUUAAGGAUAACAACAACAAAAUUACAAAUGAUACAACGCCCAAUGAAGAUGAAGAAGAUGAUGAUGAGGAGCCAUAUGAUGAAUACGAUGACGAUGACUACUACAACGAGAAGCCCAUUAAGUUAGAGGAGGCAAUUCCAAGGGGCUUAGAAGUGAAAAAAGAUGAGCCAACAAAGCCACAUGUUUACACACAACAAACGCCUGAUCAAACACAACAGGCAGUUGUAGCAAACUUACCAACCGAUAAAUACACAGUUGUCCAAAAUCAAAAUGGACGUAUUAACCGCUAUAACGUUCGCACGACGACCGAGUCUGUUCCAAGCGGUUUUCGUGGAACUGUGAAUGUAGAGAAAAAGUUCCACACCAAAGCGCUGGAGCCUCACAAUACUGAAAAUAAAUUGAACAUAAAUGCCGAAGACCAAACCAAAGAUGAGGUGGCACCACGGGCCCCUGAUAGCUAUGUUACAGUCACAAAGUCUGUCACAGGCAGCAUGGAUAAUUCGAAGAACCCACCGCAGGAUAACAAAAACUUCCAGUCCACCUACUAUACAAAAUCAUCGACUUGCGGGUACUUCACCUUCUCCUGCAACAUUGUCUAUGGAGCCAACGGGCGCAGUAAGAUAUGUCGCCCAAAGGCUCCAACAAAUGGCAAGUGCUAAAAACUCGAUGCGAACUGUGACUUAACAAGUUUCAAAUGCAAAAAAGCUAAGCUAACCAACAUUUCUACUACUUGCACAUGCAUUUUUCACAUGUUCUUGACACCUUAAGUUUUGUUAUUAAUAGCUUUUCAGCCAGUUUUUAAAUA